GUGCUGCAUAAGCCAGCAGCUGAUACAUUUCCUUGCUUUGUUUAUUUUGCAAAAUGGCACAAGCUCAACGAAUUAAUAAUGCUGAAUGCGCAAAAACGGAGACUUUGGAGGAAACAGAUGGCGCACAAAAAACGGAGUCCACACCUACAUUGCUGCUGCGCCUAGAACAGCCGCAUGAGGAACGCCGGGUCGUCUUCCACGAUGGUGUCAUAGACAACGAGCAUAUGAAUCGCAUGAAAUCGAAAUGCUGUUGCAUAUACCGCAAACCGGUGGCCUUUGGCGAAAGCUCGUCGGAAGAUGAUGACGAAUGUGAGCACUGUUUUGGCCACCCCGAAAAGCGCAAGAAGAACAAGAAGCCCACCAGUGGUGACUCAUGCCCUGUAAAUCAGCGCGCGGAUCAGCCAUCCACGUCCGCUGAGGCGCAAUCUGAGCCAGAUCAGGGAACAUCGGAAUCGGGAAUAACCGAUCCACUACCAGACUACGAAACGACAGUGAAACCUUCACUUUAAACUAUCUCCCGCAACACAAACCCAAAAUAAAUUCGAUUAGGACAUAACAUUUAAAAUAA